AUGAUUGCUACGCGCACCUCAGUGCUGCUCGCUUUCAGGCCUUUUCAACAUGGCUCCAGAUUAAAUCAGCUUGAUCAGAAUAUCCUUCUCUCCUUGUACAACUCCUCUCCUCGACACUCGCGGAUAUUAUCACGCAGUCUGCAUCAAUAUGUACGCCCCAAACCCUCCAGCAAUGAGAACCCAUUUCCAUCAUUCAAGUCGCUUGGCGGUUCUGCGACGAGGGCAGACAGUGUCAAUGUGCUCUUCCGACCCAGCAUAGCUGCUCAGGCAGUAUUCUUUUCGAGCGGUCGCACUCUAUACGAAACGCCCACUCCGGUUAUCAAGGAGCAGCAGCGGAACAAAACUACUGAAGAAACAGAUGACGAGGAUGCGUUUCACAGGACUGAAAAAGCACACCAGGCCUCGCAUGUGAAUCUCAGCGCGAGGUUGUCAAAAGAGGGUGGCACGGGCAAGGGCGGUGGCUUCGGAGAGAUAUGGCGGUUGAUCAAGAUUGCACGUCCAGAAGCAAAAGUCCUUGCGCUGGCUUUUAUCCUUCUCCUGAUCUCGUCAUCCAUCACCAUGUCAAUACCAUUUUCAAUUGGCAAGAUCCUGGAUAUAGCUACCAAAGGGGGAGCAAAGACCGAGGGCGCCGACUUGGAGCAAAAGACCGACAUGCUCUUUGGUCUCAGCUUGACGACAUUCUACACUGCCCUCGUCUGUAUUCUUGCAACUGGUGCGGCAGCAAACUACGGACGGAUUAUCAUCCUGCGAAUUGUGGGCGAGAGGAUCGUGGCGAGACUCCGAUCCAGGCUGUUCCGGCAAACCUACAUUCAGAAUGCCGAGUUUUUCGACGCCAAUCGUGUAGGCGACUUGAUUUCCAGACUCAGCUCUGACACCAUCAUUGUUGGCAAGUCAAUCACGCAAAACCUGUCAGACGGGCUUCGCGCUUUUGUCAGCGGAGCUGCUGGUUUUGGCUUGAUGGCAUGGGUGUCUCUGAAGUUGACCGGUAUUCUGGGGCUGCUAUUUCCCCCUGUAGCGCUUGGAGCAUUCUUUUAUGGACGAGCGAUCAGGAACCUGAGUCGAAAAAUCCAGAAGAAUGUUGGGACGCUGACGAAGAUUGCAGAAGAACGGCUGGGCAAUGUCCGGACUUCACAGGCAUUCGCAGGUGAAAUUCUCGAGGUUCAUCGGUACAACACACAGGUACGCAAAAUCUUCGAGCUGGGAAAGCGAGAGUCGAUCAUCAGUGCCACUUUCUUCUCGUCCACCGGGUUUAUGGGCAACAUGACGAUCCUGUCGCUCCUGUAUGUCGGUGGUGGUAUGGUCUCGAAUGGAACAAUUAGUAUUGGGGAGCUCACAUCCUUCCUCAUGUAUACUGCAUACGCAGGUUCUUCGCUCUUUGGGCUUUCGUCAUUCUACUCAGAGUUGAUGAAAGGCGUCGGAGCGGCAUCACGACUGUUCGAACUGCAGGACCGCGAGCCAACCAUAUCUCCCACUAAAGGUGAGAGAGUGGUAUCAGCACGAGGUCCCAUCCGGUUCGAGAAUCUCUCCUUCAGCUACCCUACUCGACCGGCGGUGACCAUCUUUAGGGACCUGGAUUUUGAGAUUCCCCAGGGUGCUAACGUCGCCAUUGUCGGUCCGUCUGGUGGUGGAAAGAGCACGAUUGCAUCCCUAAUCUUGCGGUUCUACACACCCACAGAGGGGCGCAUCUUGAUCGACGGCAAGGACAUUUCAAAGAUGAACGUCAAAUCUCUCCGACGCAGGAUCGGUAUCGUGUCACAAGAACCGGUCUUAUUUUCUGGUACCAUAGCCGAGAACAUCGCCUACGGUCGACCUCAUGCAACCCGGGCGGAGAUUAUGCGCGCAGCAAGAAGAGCAAACUGUCAGUUCAUUAGCGACUUCCCAGAAGGUCUGGAUACUCCUGUCGGUGCUCGUGGCACACAGCUCUCUGGUGGCCAAAAGCAGCGCAUUGCCAUAGCGCGCGCUCUGGUCAAAGAACCCGAUAUCUUGAUCUUGGAUGAGGCCACUAGUGCUCUUGAUGCCGAAUCGGAAACCUUGGUCAAUGAAGCGCUGGCCUCGCUGCUAAAAGGGAGCAACACGACAAUCUCCAUUGCCCACCGUCUUUCCACCAUCAAACGAUCCGAUACCAUUAUAUGUCUGGGUAGCGACGGCCGCGUCGCAGAGAUGGGCAGCUACAGGGAACUCAGCAGUCGACCAGAUGGUGCUUUCACGAAGCUGAUGGAAUGGCAAAUGAGCGGAGGCGAGAGGGCACAGGAUGGCGUGGACAAAUUGGCUAUCGAUCCGGAAGUUAAGGGACCGCCAACGGAGAAAGAUGAGAUUGAAGUGGAAUUGGAAGAACAAAGUGAGGGCGAGGGCGAGAGCGAGGAAGAUCUCGAGGCCAGCAAGGUACAAGAGACGGUCAAGAGCGCAGUGGAAGAGAAGAAGACGUGA